AUGGCAAAUUCUGACACAUUAAAUAUUACAGAAAAUCCAAUAAUUGAUGAGAGUAUUGAAAAAUUUGAAUACCAUGAAUAUUCUCCUAAAAUUGCAAAUUUUGAUAACCCUGGUACUGAAAUAAGUAUAACUAUUAAUGAGGAAAGCUUGUUUACACUUCCAUCUGAAGCUUAUAUUUUGAUUGAAGGAAGACUACUAAAAGCAGAUGGAACAUCUUAUGCUAAUGCAGAUGCUGUAACACUUAUAAACAAUGGUCUUAUGUACUUAUUUACUAGAGCAGAAUAUCAAUUAUCUGGUCAAACUGUAGAAAAUGUUAAUUGUUUAGGUAGAGCAACUACAAUGUUAGGAUUGCUCAAAUAUCCUAAUUACUUUCAAAAUGUUCAAGGUAUGAAUCAAUUAUGGUUUAGAGAUUCAUCAACAACUGCAGCGAUUGCAACAAAUCUAGGAUUUCAAGCAAGACAAUCUUAUUUAAUUCAAGAGCCAAACACAAAAGGAAAAUUUUCCUUUUGUGUACCUCUAAAACAUAUUUUUGGAUUCUGUGAUACUUAUGAUAAAGUUGUUUUUGGAUUAAAACAUACACUUAUUCUAAUUAGAGAAAGUGAUAAUAAUGCAAUUUUUAGAGCCGGAGCUGCAGCUCCUGGGCAAGUCAAUCUUACUAAAGUAUCACUUUUUAUGCCACAUGUUAAGCCAUCUCUUGAAUAUGAAUUAAAACUUAAAAACAUAAUUAAAUCAAACAAAACACUUCCAUUAUCUUAUAUUGGAAGGCAAUGUGAAUUAAAAAAUGUUGAUCCAGUUACUGAUUUUAAUUGGACGCUGAAUAUAACAACAACUAAUAUGUACAUAAAACUUAAUUCACGAAGUUAUCCUGAAAUUGUUAAUUAUAAUCUAUCAUUUCCAAAUCAACAAUUCUCAAGAGCUUAUAGAGAUGCAACUCUAUUUAAUGAAAAGUUAUAUGGAUUGAAUGAACUUAUUUCACAAUGCAACAUGAAUCCACAAGACUAUAAAAAUUUAUAUCCACUUUUUGUUUUUGAUGUAAGUAAUCAACCAGAAGCUACAAAACCAUCAGUAAUAGAUGUUCAAUUUAACGCAACAUUUAAUACAGCUGUUCCAGCAAAUACUAUGGCAUAUGCAGUUAUAUUGUCUGAUCGAAUAGGACAACUUAGUGCUGAUGGAAGCAAACUUCAAUAUAUAUUUUAG